AUGUCUUCAGACACCUCCAAGUACAAAUUGAAUCGUAUGCUGUGCCUCCAUUAUCACGGUAUUGCUGCUGGAGCUGCUGCUCCCUCGCCAUCAGCCACUGAUCCUUUAUCCCAUUUAGAUACUAUGAUUCGGGUGAAAGACCCAAAGAAAUCAGUUGAAUUUUACAAAUUUCUUGGCCUCUCCCUGAUCAAUAAAAUUGAGUUUCCCGAGAGCAAAUUCUCACUCUUCUUCCUUGCAUACGACGGCCAACAGUCACUCUCUGGCUCUCGUCACUGGUCUGACAGGAACGGCGUCAUUGAGCUUACUCACAACUACGGGACAGAGAAUGAUCCGUCUUAUGCGGUCACCAAUGGCAACACAGAACCCCACCUCGGAUUUGGUCAUUUCACCAUCUCUGUCGAUAAUCUCGAGCUCGCAUGCAAACGUCUCGAAGAUGCCGGAUAUGAGUUCCAGCAGAAUCUUACACAGGGAUCCAUACAGAACCAGGCCAUCGUGGAAGAUCCAGACGGAUACUGGGUAGCUAUCAUCCGGAAACAAGAAACGGAUGCAGCCGUUGCACGGUCCGAUCCAUCGACCUAUCGCCUGAACAGUACUAUGCUUAGAGUCAAGGACUCCAAAACAAGCUUGAAAUUCUACCAGGAAAUUUUAGGAAUGACUCUUGUUCGCAUAGUCGAGCUCGAGAGUGGGGACGAGAAAUUCUUCUUUCUCGCCUACCCCACAUCCAAUCCGCCGUUCAAAGAAGGGGCUGCCAAUCCAAUUGCGGAGUGGGAGGGAGUAGUGAAAUUGGCCUGGAAUUACGGAACAGAGAAGCAGGAAGGGAAGGUUUAUCAUGAUGGUAACUCGGAGCCACAGGGCUUCGGACAUAUCUGCGUGUCAGUGGAUGAUCUAGAUGCUGCCUGUGCUCGUUUGGAGGCGCAAAAAGUGACCUGGAAAAAGCGUCUGACAGACGGACGCAUGAAAAACGUCGCCUUUGUGCUUGACCCAGACGGAUACUGGGUUGAAAUCAUACAAAACGAGACAUUGAAAAGUUGA